AAUGGCAGAAUCAUGUAUUUCAGUGGAGCAGUUCCUGUGUCCAGUGUGUCUGGAUCUCCUGAAGGAUCCAGUGACCAUCCAGUGUGGACACAGUUACUGUAUGAGCUGCAUUACAGACUGCUGGGAUGAAGAGGAUGAGAAGAGAGUCUACAGCUGUCCUCAGUGCAGACAGACCUUCAGUCCAAGACCUGCUUUAUUUAAGAACGUGGUGUUUGCUGAAAUGCUGGAGAAACUGAAGAAGAUUAAACUUCAAAGUGUGGUUCCUGCUGGAGCUGGAGAUGUUCAGUGUGACGUCUGUACUGGAAGAAAACACAGAGUCGUCAAGUCCUGUCUGGUGUGUCUGAACUCUUACUGUCAGAAUCACCUCGAACAACAUGAGAGUUUGUUUAAAGGAAAGAGACACAGUUUGAUUGAAGCCACUGGAGGACUGCAGGAGAUGAUCUGCCAGAAACAUGAGAAGCUCCUUGAGGUUUUCUGUCGCACUGAUCAGAAGUGUAUAUGUGUGCUGUGUACGAUGGAUGAACAUAAAAACCACGACACUGUAUCAGCUGAGAGGAUUUACGGUAUGAGAGGGCCACACCCACACCUUCCACAACUUCAGGCAGGGGUGAAAGAUGGUGCCUCCCACCUGAGAGAGGAGAUCCCGCUGGACGGGAAUCUCCUAUGUAGAGUCAUCGAUCAGGGCUACCAGGUCUGCAAACCAUGGCUGCCCCGGCCAGUAGGGGGCUACAAACAGGAGACGAACCCCGUCCUGGUGAACUCUAUGCAGGAGUACUGUGAGCGGGGCGGUCGGAAUGAGGCUACUAGCAGCUGA